AUGAAUCGUGUGAAUCAUGAUACUGAAGGCCAAUUUACUUCGCGAGGACCAGUUAGUACUCUCGAGGACCAGUUAGUACUCUCGAGGACCAGCGGUGUAGACUCCCAGAUCUUCACUAGUGACACAGGCGGUGUAGACUCCCAGAUCUUCACUAGUGACACAGGCGGUGUAGACUCCCAGAUCUUCACUAGUGACACAGCAGGUGUAGACUCCAGAUCUUCACUAGUGACACAGGCGGUCUUCACUAGUGACACAGGCGGUGCAGACUCCCAGAUCUUCACAAGUGACACAGGCGGUGUAGACUCCCAGAUCUUCACUAGUGACACAGGCGGUAGACUCCCAGAUUCACUAGUGACACAGGCGGUGCAGACUCCCAGAUCUUCACAAAUCUUCACUAGUGACACAGGCGGUGUAGACUCCCAGAUCUUCACUAGUGACACAGGCGGUGUAGACUCCCAGAUCUUCACUAGUGACAGGCGGUGUAGACUCCAGAUCUUCACUAGUGACACAGGCGGUGUAGACUCCCAGAUCUUCACUAGUGACACAGGUGCUGUAGACUCCCAGAUCUUCACUAGUGACACAGGCGGUGUAGACUCCCAGAUCUUCACUAGUGACACAGGCGGUGUAGACUCCAGAUCUUCACUAGUGACACAGGCGAUCUUCAUUAGUGACACAGGCGGUGUAGACUCCCAGAUCUUCAUUAGUGACACAGGCGGUGUAGACUCCCAGAUCUUCACUAGUGACACAGGCGGUGUAGACUCCCAGAUCUUCACUAGUGACACAGGCGGUGUAGACUCCCAGAUCUUCACUAGUGACACAGGCAGAUCUUCACGAGUGACACAGGCGGUAGACUCCCAGAUCUUCACUAGUGACACAGGCGAUGUAGACUCCCAGGUCUUCACGAGUGACACAGGCGGUGUAGACUCCCAGAUCUUCACUAGUGACACAGGCGGUGUAGACUCCAGAUCUUCACUAGUGACACAGGCGAUCUUCACGAGUGACACAGGCGGUGUAGACUCCCAGAUCUUCACGAGUGACACAGGCGGUGUAGACUCCCAGAUCUUCACUAGUGACACAGGGGGUGUAGACUCCCAGAUCUUCACUAGUGACACAGGCGGUGUAGACUCCCAGAUCUUCACUAGUGACACAGGCGGUGUAGACUCCCAGAUCUUCACUAGUGACACAGGCGGUGUAGACUCCCAGAUCUUCACUAGUGACACAGGCGGUGUAGACUCCCAGAUCUUCACUAGUGACACAGGCGGUGUAGACUCCCAGAUCUUCACUAGUGACACAGGCGGUGUAGACUCCCAGAUCUUCACUAGUGACACAGGCGGUGUAGACCCCAGAUCUUCACUAGUGACACAGGCGGUGUAGACUCCCAGAUCUUCACUAGUGACACAGGCGGUGUAGACUCCCAGAUCUUCACUAGUGACACAGGCGGUGUAGACUCCCAGAUCUUCGCGAGUGAUACAUACAUACAUACAUACAUACACAUACAUACAGUAAUAUCCUAACAUGUGCGUCGAUAUGCUGUGUUAUACAGAUACCUAACCUAACCUGACCUGACCUGACCUAACCCAACCCAACCUGACCUGACCUAACCUAACCUAACCUAACCUGACCUAA